CAACACAGCCUAACACCGUUUUACGCAACCCCAUAGAAUCGAAUCGAAUUGGCGGAUUCUUCUGGUUCUUGAGCAACCUUAAAGAAGCAGAGAAAGAAAUUAGAUUUGAGGUCGAGAAGCGAAUCGACGACUGUUUUUUUGGGUUUUGGAGGGAUGAUCGUGAGUCCAAAGAUGGUAGCAGACGCGGAGAUUAUGUGUUUUCAGGUUACGGAUUCGAUUUCCACUGAGAUUUCCUGUUUCGAAUCGGUUGUUGCUUGCUCUGAGACUAUUAAGGAUGCUGUCCUUGAGUCAUCUGCUGUCAAGUUUGUCCCAAGAAUUCGUUCUGGCAGCUGUGCUGAUAUUGGUACGAGGAGCACAAUGGAAGAUGAGCACAUUAGAAUUGAUGAUUUAUCUGGUCACCUGGGCUCUCUCCUGAAAUGUUCUAUGCCAAGUGCUUUCUAUGCUGUUUUUGAUGGUCAUAAUGGCCCUGAUGCAGCAGCUUAUAUCAAAAGGAAUGCUAUGAGAUUAUUUUUUGAAGAUGCUGAAUUGCCUGAAAUAUCUGAUAUUGAUGCUGGUUUGUUGAAAGAGUUGGAGAAUUCUCACAAGAAGGCCUUUUUACUAGCUGAUCGUGCCUUGGCUGCUGAAAGCGGUAUUAGUGGCUCAUGUGGGACAACAGUUCUGACUGCUCUGGUACUUGGAAAGCAUCUGCUGAUUGCAAAUGCUGGUGAUUGCAGAGCUGUUCUGUGUAGAAAAGGACUUGCUGUUGACAUGACUCAGGAUCAUAGACCUACUUACUCACCAGAGCGCAGAAGGGUUGAGGAAUUAGGUGGUUUCAUUGACAUUGACGGUUAUCUUAAUGGCCUCUCAGUCACACGAGCUCUUGGAGACUGGGACUUGAAAUUCCCUCUAACCCCUCUAAUUUCAGAUCCUGAUGUUAGACAGAUUGUGUUGACAGAAGAUGAUGAAUUUCUAAUCAUUGGUUGUGAUGGGAUCUGGGAUGUAAUGUCAAGUCAGAUUGCGGUCAGCCUUGUUCGUCGUGGCCUAAGGCGUCAUGAUGACCCACAAGAAUGUGCCAGAGAACUAGUCAAGGAAGCAUCACGCCUGAAUUCAUCAGAUAAUCUUACUGCGAUUGUCAUUUGUUUCUCUUCCCCAAGUCGUACUGAAUCAUGUCCUCCCCAACGGCGAAGGUUCAGGUGCUGCAAUCUCUCUGAUGAGGCCAGAAGCAGGUUGAAGAGCUUGUUAGAAGGCAAUUGAAUUGAAUGUACACACCACUUUCACAUUUAAUUACCAUUAUUUCCAGUGAGAAAAAUGCAUUUUUACCUGUUUUUUUCGCUGUUUCAGAUAUAUACUUAAGAAAAAGCAGCCAGCAGUUUUGUAGUUCUAGGAGAGAACCUAGGGUUCAGGUUAUGUAUGAAGAGUGUCUUUUCUGGAUUACCGUGUCUUGUGUAACGAAAUUGUGAAAUCAAAAUCUAGUCAAUUG